AGAUUAGGUUGUAAACCAUUGGAAAUUUACAGUUACAGUUUUGACAUUUACUUUAUUUCUUCGUUUGUUCAUUAGUUUUCACACUUCUCUAGAAAUGGAAAUAAAAAGCUAAAAACUAUUUUAACAAAAUGACUGCAUUAUUUUUUAAAUUAAUUUUAAUUGGAAUUUUAAUUAUACCAAAAUCAUUAACCAACGACAUAAAUAUAAAAAUUGUAAAACCAAUUUCAAAACCAACUGCAAAACCUGUGGAUAAAUUUAAAGUGCUUUUUCUUGAAGCCAAUACAACUUUCAAUUUUAAGCCCUCCAAACGUGGUUUCUUCGAAAAACAUUUAAACACCUACUGCUAUAAAGGCGAACCGAAAACAUUGGGACGCCUUUUAGAGACUAUUGAACUACAAUUGGAAAUUGAAGGCGAUGAUUAUACUCAAUAUGAAGGUACAACACCAUCAGAAGUGGAAGAACACUAUUCGGAACAUCGUUCUAUUUUCAGUUUGAAUUUAUUUUCGCAAAAACGUUCUCGCGUCUCGUUAUCACCAUUUAUGCAACAGUGCAUUGGCAUAGAGACCGUUCAGCCCUAUAAUGUUACUUUGUAUCAGGAAAAAAUUGACUAUUAUCGCACCGUUCAGCUAAUGAGUGGCAUUAUCAUGUUCCUGUUUGCUGGUGUUUUAAGUGCAAAUUCAUUGUUUUACUACAUUACUGGCAUAUUGUUUGGCAUAUGUUCAUCAUUUCUAUUCCUUAUAUGGUUGUCGGGAAAAUUGAUGCCCAAGCGUACAAUGAUGUAUGGCGUUUUAAUAGGCGGCUGGACCGUUGGUUUCUAUGUCAUACGUAUGCUGUGGGACAAUAUACAAAUGAUCAUGUUGACAUAUCGUAACUACGUAUGCUGGUACAUUAUAGUUACCGGCAUUAUAUCAUUCUUUUUCUGUUAUCGCUGGGGUCCACCGCAGAAUAGACGUUCGAAAAAUAUUAUAAAAUGGUUACUGCAGCUCAUGUCUUUGGCAAUGAUUUAUUUGUCUAGUAAUUUUAAAGAAGCCACCAUAGCUAUCAUACUGAUGACCGUUACAUUGUAUUAUUUUCCUCGAAUUUUAAAAAGAAUCAUGAGUUUGAGAACUAAAACAUCCAAGGAAUAUUUAAACGAGAAAAAUGUCUAUGGAAGUGGUGGUAGCGGUGGUACUAGAGAUCUAAGAGAUGAUUGUCAGCAAUGGCGGGUUAAUAGUCCCCAGUAUAAAGAUUGGAAGAUUAAACCUAAAUCUCGCACUUCAUUAAGUGGAGUGGAGCAGCGUCGAACACCCACACAACAACCAAUUAUCAAAACAAACAUAAAUAACUCCGGCUCUAAGCAAAACCUAGAAGAUUUUCCAUCUGGUUUAGAGAACGUAAAUUUGGAAGGACAUGAUUUGACAACUCACAGUCUUUAUCCCCUACCCGAUGGUUCAUUUAUAUUGAGUGAAAAGACACCGAUUAUUAUAACACCACGUCUUGCCACACCCAUAUAUCAUCGUUCUACACCAGCCUUCUCAAAUGAUGAAGACGAAGAUGAGGCUGAAGGUGAUUAUACACCAAAAAAUCAUCAUACUCAUGUACCUCUUCCAGCUCAUUAUCGUCGUUUAAGUGCUGCUGCCUCGACUUCAGAUCUUUUGUUAUCUGCAGGGCGUCGUCGUGCUACACCCUCUCCAUCCCAGCUGCAGCGAUCCUCCAGUGUUCAACGUGUUCAGUCUCGUUCGGCUCGUAUGAUAUCGUCGGCUAGAAAACAUCAUGCCAGUAAUCCCAAGAUUAAAAUCGAUAAUCCUACAAGUGAUGAUGAUUGAUGAGAAGUGUUUUGUUUUAUUUAAAUUGAUUUUUUUAACUUGUGCAACUAACUGAUUUAAUAGGUAAUUUAACUUAACCGAAAAUACGUUUCUAACCGAUAUUGUUAAUAUUCAAGCUUAUUCUACUUGUUUUAUAAACAAUCACAAAACUAUGUUAAAUGCAUUUUUGAACGGACUUGAUGUUUAUAAUAGUGGUAUUGUUUAAAAAUCUCCAUUCCUUGCUGCUUUAUAAAAGUUAUGAUUUCAUUUCCAACUAGUGGUAAAAAAUAUAAGAAAAAUAAUCCUAAAAA